AUGGCCGCACAAGACGGUGUAGUGAGUAGCACCGUGAAUCACGAAGGCAAUGAGGAUCAGGAUUCGGCUGCUAGCUCACAACAAUCGAUCAAGAAUUCACUCUGCUUUAUCUUGGACAAUGAAGUUGUAACUAGCAAGCGUACCAGUAGUAUCGAUCAACUGGAUGGAGUUGAUGAAUCGACCGAUGCCAAACGUAACAGAUCGUUGGUAUCCGCUAACAAUAUCAGUAGUUUAUUGGCGCCGGUCGCCUCAAUUGUCGAUGAAAAGGCAGCACAGAACACUAAUGUAACAACUCCGCCGUCGGAACGAAAGGCUAGCAGAUACUGCAUUGUUGAAGGCUGCAAUAGCCGAGCCAAGCAUGCGCGACGCUGUUGGAAGCAUGGCGGUUCGGUGAAAUGCAAGAUUGUUGAGUGUCAGAAUCGCGCCAAGUCCAAAGGCGUGUGCUGGUCACACGGGGGCGGAACAAUUUGCAGUUCAGAUCAGUGCUUGAAAAUCGCUGUGUCGAAUGGAGUCUGCUGGGCCCAUGGUGGAGGAAAGCGUUGUGUGACGCUGGGGUGCUUUCGGCCCGCGUUUGAGCGGACAGGGAAUUUGUGCCCGAUGCACUACAACGCGGGCUCAUCCACUAAGUCUGCACCAUCUUAA